AUGCGGCACCCAGCUGGAUCGUCUGAUGCCAAUUCAACAGAAUUCAAUGAAUCCGAUUUUGUUAACGGUUUGUCUUCAGUCAUGAGGUCGUUUCUUAAUUCGCUUCGGCGGCAAAAUGAUGUCUUUUCUCAACCCACACCUCUUACAUUGCCCCCAAUGCAGCCACCAACGGUCCACUCUUAUCCAAUCCCCCCCAUGCAAUGGCCAACGCUCACCACAUAUCCACCCAACACUCCGCUCAUGCCGCCUCUUCUAUUUUCACCCAUUCUGCCACCUGAACUCAUCCACAAUUCCAUCAGCUCAAUUUUCAAUUCAACUCCCCGUUUAAGUCAUAAUUUCUUCACUCGUCCCAAUCAUCCCCCAUCAAAUUCCUUAACCAUUAAUUUGCGAUCCACAUCAUUACCUCGACCGGGACCUUCUAGUCGCUUGCGCAACCGUUGUAACCAAUGUGAGGAAGUGUUUUCAACUGUUCGUGAACUGUCUCUGCACACAAGACAAAUUCACACACACUUCCUGUGCUCAUUCUGCCAUGAGUGCUUUACUCAAUAUACCAACCUUCAAAGACACUCGCUAAUACACCUGAAUCAAAUGCCAUUUCUUUGCAAAAUCUGCAAUAGAGGCUACCGUAGAAUGGAUCAUAUUAAGAGACACAUUCAAAGGAUACAUCCUAAUGCCGAUCCUCGAUCUAACAUCAUCAACUCUAUUCGCGGCUCGGAGUGUCAUCGAUAUAUUAAUUCUCUGCCUUUCGCACGAAAUACAGAAGAGCGAUAA